AUGCCGUUUGGACUAAGAAAUGCGGGUGAUACCUACCAAAGGCUAGUUAAUAUGAUGUUUAAAGGACAAAUUAGACACAUGAUGGAAGUCUAUAUAGAUGACAUGGUGGUUAAGUCCAAGAGAGCUGAGGAUUACCUUAGAGAUUUGGAAGAAGCAUUUGAUAUCCUUGAUAAAUUCAACAUGAAAUUGAAUCCUUCCAAGUGCCACUUUGGUAUAAAAGCUGGUGAAAGACUAAUCAAAUAUCUUGAGAUAGUCAAGAAAUUGGCAGACUCUUUUGCUUCUUUUAGUUUGACACAGGUACCCAGGGAAGAGAAUGCAGAAGCUAAUGCUUUGGCCAACCUUGGAUCAUCAUUGAAGAUUCUAGAGGAUAUUAAAGCAACAAAGCAAGCCAUGGGAGGGGGGGAGGUUUCUUUUUUAUGUCUCAAAACCGCAUCAUCCAUAUCUUGA